AUGGAGACGGUGGCUUCCAAACAAGCCAAUCCCUGCGUCUUUACGGACAUCACGGACAUUGUCCCGAAGGGCUCCUGGAAUUCAGAGGAUCCGUUCGAGCAAAAGGCUUGCGACAUCGACCGAGCCCCUUUCUUCCUGAAGGCCAGAUGCGUUACUCAUGGCCGCCUCUGCCCCCUUUUCGCCGUCAACAGCGACUUGGAUGUUGCAGGCCUUCCCUGUGUAGACUACAGCAAGUCAGGAAAGGGUCGCAGGGAAGAAGGUCCCACGGCCCCUGUCUUCUGCUGCCACGCGAAGCUGCACGUGGAGAAAGCCACGCCCCUCUUGAUAAUCGAGAACGUUCAGGAGCUGUCCAUGGAGAUGAUCUACCGGCUCUAUGGCGGCCACUACAACAUCACCAGGUUGCUGUGCGAUACCGCCGACGUGGGCCAUGCAGGGACGUCUCGAAGCCGCCUAUACUUGAUUUUGUUUCACAAGCACAGAGUGGUGAUGACGCAGGAUGUGCAGGAGAUGUACAGUUCCAUCGCUGCUGUCUUGCGCGACGCCAUCCAGACAGUUCCCAGCGACUACAUCGUGAGCGAACCGGGCGAGAUUGAUUUUGAGGUGCAGCAGCUCUGCAUCACCCGCCGGAAACAGGUCCAGGUGACUCAGAGAAGAGUAUAA